AUGACUCAGCCCUCCACUAUCACCCAGCGCUUUCUCUCCAAGCCCAGCCACCUGGGCGUUGUGGCCGUUGGUUUCAAUGGAGGCCAGUGCCAAUCCGGUGUCGAAGCGGCCCCUCAGGCUCUGAUCGAGUCCGGUCUUCUCGAUCAGCUGCGCGAUGACCUGGGUUACGAGCUUCACUACGACCAGACGGUACACUACUACGAGAACCAGAUCCCCGCCUCUGACCCCGACCACCGAGGCAUGAAGAAGCCCCGUGCCGUGAGUGCCGUGACCGAGACCCUGAGCUCGCAGGUCUACGAGCAUGCCAAGGACGGCAAGUUCGUUCUGACGCUGGGAGGUGACCACUCGAUUGCCAUCGGUACCAUCUCCGGAACCGCCAAGGCCGUUCGCGAACGGUUGGGCCGCGAAAUGGCCGUCAUCUGGGUCGACGCCCAUGCCGACAUUAACGUUCCCGAGAUGAGCCCCAGCGGUAACAUCCACGGCAUGCCCAUGGCCUUCCUGACUCGGUUGGCCCGCGAGGAGCAGAAGGAUAUCUUCGGCUGGUUGAAGGAUGAGCAUAUCGUGAGCACGCGCAAGCUGGUCUACAUUGGUCUGCGAGACGUGGAUCGCGGCGAGAAGCAGUUGCUCCGGGAGCACGGAAUCAAGGCUUUCAGCAUGCACGACGUUGAUCGGUACGGUAUUGGCCGCGUCGUCGAGAUGGCUCUGGCACACGUCGGCAACGACACGCCGAUCCAUCUGUCAUUCGACGUCGAUGCGCUUGAUCCGCAGUGGGCGCCUAGCACCGGCACCCCUGUGCGUGGUGGACUGACCCUGCGCGAGGGUGACUUCAUCUGCGAAUGCGUGCAUGAGACGGGUAACCUGGUGGCCAUGGACCUGGUCGAGGUCAACCCCAGCCUCGAGUCGGUGGGUGCGUCGGAAACCAUCCGCACCGGAUGCUCGUUGGUGCGCAGUGCCCUGGGUGAUACCCUCCUGUAA